GGAUGUUUUGAUAUUUUCAGGAAAGGAUGGCAGGUGGUGCCGCGGUGAACACUGCCAACACGUGCAGGAGGAAAGAAAGGAUGGCAGGUGGUGCCGCGGUGAACACUGCCAACACGUGCAGGAGGAAAGAAAGGAUGGCAGGUGGUGCCGCGGUGAACACUGCCAACACGUGCAGGAGGAAAGAAAGGAUGGCAGGUGGUGCCGCGGUGAACACUGCCAACACGUGCAGGAGGAAAGAAAGGAUGGCAGGUGGUGCCACGGUGAACACUCCCAACACAUGCAGGAGGAAAGAAAGGAUGGCAGGUGGUGCCGCGGUGAACACUGCCAACACGUGCAGGAGGAAAGAAAGGAUGGCAGGUGGUGCCGCGGUGAACACUGCCAACACGUGCAGGAGGAAAGAAUGGAUGGCAGGUGGUGCCGCGGUGAACACUGCCAACACGUGCAGGAGGAAAGAAAGGAUGGCAGGUGGUGCCGCGGUGAACACUGCCAACACGUGCAGGAGGAAAGGAAGGAUGGCAGGUGGUGCCGCGGUGAACACUGCCAACACGUGCAGGAAGAAAGUGCGUACCUGCUUCAUUACAUCAUGUGCACUCUGUUUUGGAACUCAAUGUUAAACUUUUUUUUUUUUCCAUGUCAACCGAAACCUGUCUGUUGCCUGCCUUUCUCCUGUCUUCUUCCCACGAAUCUAUGAAGGAAAGAAAGGAUGUGCUUCCAUGGUAUCAUGUCAGUAGUAUUAUCCAUUGAAGGAUGAGUUUAAACCUUUUUCCAGAGCGUUGUUUUUGUCUCCCAUUUUUCUGCCUUCCCAGGGUAUAUAUAUGAAAGAAGAAUGUAAAUUUAGUCUAUAAUGUUCAUUGUAACAUGUAUUCCAGUCUUUGUGUGCUUAUUUUACUGUAUGCAUAGAGAAAAGAAGGAUUCGAAAUGUGGUAAUGAAAAGUAGAACAUGAAAUAAAUAGAUAAUAAAUAAGUGAAUAAAUAAAUAAAUAAAUAAA